CUCAGAAUUUGUGUUUUUAACGGAAUUUGGCUUAAAGGUUUUCGCUAAAUAGCCCAGACUAUUCCUAAUCCAUUUGGCAGACGCCAUUAUGCAUAUGCAUGCAGAAGUGUUGUUGCGUGUUCAUCGAUUGCCUUUUUGCCAGAUAAUUUCAAAUCUCCUAAAUCGGAGGAAUCAGAUCCAGCAGCCAGAUUACGACAAAGCAGACAGAACAGGGACAUAGACAUAAUUUCACUAAAUUGACAUCAGCAGAUUAACAGAGCGAGGAGAGGAAAGAAGCUGACAGAUCGAACUAAAGCUGUACUUUUAGAAGUCAUCACCUGGGAGGGAGAGAAAGGGACAUAUAGGAUUAAUAUGUCACUCACUUCUAUCCUUUCCGCGGAGGAUAUUGAGAAUGCCGUCAAGGAGUUCCAAGCCCCAGACUCCUUCAGCUUCAAGAAGUUUUUCCAGCUGUGUGGCCUGACCUCCAAGUCUCCCAAAGAAGUCAAAGAUGUCUUCCAGAUCCUUGACGACGACAACAGUGGCUACAUCGAGGAGUCAGAGCUCAAGUUCUUCCUGCAACGGUUUGUUCCCGGGGCGCGGACACUGACAGACGCUGAAUGCAAAGGCUUCCUGUCUGCAGCCGAUGAUGACAACGACGGCAAGAUCGGAGUAGAAGAAUUUCUGAUCAUGGUCCAGUCCUGAGAGAUCCAUGGGCGCAGAGAGAGCAGCAGGUGUUCGUUCUCCUCUCCUUCCUCCAGCUUCCAGCCUCCAGCUUCCAGCCUCCAGCUUCCAGCCUCCAGUGUUCUUCCUCAAGCCUACAGCAGCCUCCAUUCCUGGAAAUAUGAUUUUCUCUGUCCUGCUUGAAUUGUACCCUUCAAGUUUAGUUUUUUUCAGAGCCCCUCUCUAUUCAAUUACAUUUUGAAUCCAUGAGACCAUUUUUGUUUGCCUUUUGAUUAAGUUCUAGAAGGUUGUAUAGCUGUGUCGCCCUAUGUUUCCUUCCAAUGCACACCACAUUGUCUAUCAAAGAAAUGAAUAAACACAUUGUAACUUA